AUGAAGUUGUUAGUAGUUUUAUGUGUUUUGACAUUCGUUGCAUUGUUGUCUGCUAAGCCUGAUGGAUACCCGCGCGGCUGUUUAUAUGCAUCCGGAAAAUGUAUUCGGGCAUGCGAAAUAGGUACUUAUGCUUACACGACGGGUUGCAGCCAAAAGACUCCAGAACCGAAUUGCUAUGAACCAAACCCUAAAACAGAGGGACCUAUCGUCUGUAACUUCUCUGCGUGCUAUUGUGAGCAGCCAACAGUCAGAGACCUUAUCACUGGUCAAUGCGUGACACUUGAUGAAUGUAUUAAGUAA